AUGAGCUUGAAAUUGAACAACAAACGUAUAAGCAAAUCCAAAAACUCCGCUUUUCUUCUUCUUCGUAAUCAAAGCAGCAAACUUCAAAGCUAAGAUUUUUUUUUCUCUCUCUAAUGGCGGACGUUUCGAGUCUCCAUCGCCGUUGCCGUCAACAAUCCACGGCUGACGCCGUUUCCUUCGUCGUCGACGACGAGGAGCCCAACAUCUACAUCUUCGAUUAUGACUACAUUUCGCCUCCCAAUCCCGCAUUUUAUAAUCCUCCAUUUGUGGAUUUCAGUUUCGACCCGAAUCCGUUAUCCGACUCCGAGUCCGAGAAGUCCGAUUCGGACGGGUCGGCCUCCUUCCAGUUCCCGAAUCCCUUCUUCUACAGCAAUGAGGAAGAAGUGAGUUUCGUAACGGACUUGUUCCAGCCCCGAGAUGGACCCGUAUCGGAUGACGUGGAUAGGGUUUUUGGAGGUGUCUUCAAUGGCGCGAGCGCAAAUGUCCCUGUCGAGUUAGGGUUGGGUGAAUUCGAUGCGGUCGUUCUUUCUUCUGAAUCGCACGGCCUCCGAGUUGUGGGGAUGGAAUCGGAAUCGGACUCUGAAGAUGCGGACGUUCAAUCCGCCAUUAGUGAUCCAAACGGAAGCUUGCGGGAGUGUGUCCGGUUUAACGAUCAAGACGAAGAAUUUGAGUGGGAAGAAGUGAAUGAACGGGACGAGGAGAGGGAAAAUUUGAGUUCAUUGAUCGAUCGAAUCGAAGAGAUUUCAGUUUCCUCCGGGAUAACCUCUUCCGAAGGAGAGAAUCCAAUUUCAGAGAAUGGAGAAGAAGAGGAGGAACUGCGGAAUCUGGAGUGGGAAGUUCUAUUGGCAGUGAAUAAUCUGGAAAGACACCUGGAAUUGGAGACCGAUGUUAUUGAUGAUGGAGCCUUGAAGGGCUGCCCUCCUGCUGCCAAACACAUAGUCGAUAAUCUCCCCUCUGUGAUCCUGAUAGGCGAGGCCGACGAAAGCAAGGUUUCGUGUGCAGUUUGUAAAGAUGAUAUCUUGGUUGGAGAGACGGUCAAUAGGCUGCCAUGCUCCCACCAUUACCAUCGCGAUUGCAUUGUGCCGUGGCUAAGCAUUCGCAAUACGUGUCCUGUUUGCCGCCAUGAGUUGCCCACAGAUGAUGCUGAAUAUGAGAAGAAGAAACACCAAAGACACACAAAUCCCCUCAAUGACUUUGAGGUUAGAUACAAUUUUGAAAUUUUACCUUGAGAGAUAUGUUUUCUUUGUGUAGAAGAGAAGAGAAUAUCUUAUAUCUGAACUGUGAAUACCUUGUUUUGCUAAAGAUGUUGAUUAUUUUGCCCUUUUUUACUUUAUGUGACGUGUAAUGCUAGUAUACAGAUUCAUGUGGAUAAGUUAAGAUGAGAGAUUAAACAGUUUUGUGAGCCUGAUUCCUAAAAAGUUGUGGCAUGUUAGGAUCAUUGAAAUGUUAAUGGUACUGUAUGAAUUGCAGAAAUUGAUGUCUGCUUUUUUGCUUUCA